CCCAUCUUGAGUUUUCAGGGAAACAUAUCAAUUCACCAAAACAAUUGAGCACAAAAUGGCCCCAAGCACUCUGAAACGCAAACAACCAGACACGGGCUCUCAAAAACCCGUAAAAGGGAUCCUAAAGAAACCGAAACGACAAAGAUUCGCAUAUUAUAGCUCCAGCGAAGACGAAGACGAUGAGACCCGAACAGGCCCGAAAUCAAGAGCUUCAAAGACCAAGGAGGCAGCCGAAGAUUCCGACGAUGAAAUUCAAGAUAUAGCCGAAGAGGAGGAAGAGGAGGGCGAUGAUGACUUCGGAAGCGAAGCCGGCAGUGACUUCGACUCGGACGCAUCCGACGCCUCCACCACGAGCGCCCGCAAGAAGCGCAAACGCAACGACCCCGGCGCCUUCGCGACUUCCAUGUCCAAGAUCCUCAGCUCCAAACUCACCACCACCAAACGCACCGACCCCGUCCUCUCCCGCAGCAAGGACGCGACUACCGCGUCCCACGCCGUCCUCGACGCUAAGCUGGAAGUAAAAGCGCGCGAGAAGAUGCGCGCCGAGAAGAAGGCCGCGCGGGAGCGGGGAAGGGUGAAGGAUGUGAUGGGGCUGGAUUCGACGGAUGUGUCGACGCAUGACAUCUUGCAGAGGGAGAAGGCGCUCAAGAGGAUCGCACAGAGGGGUGUGAUUAAGUUGUUCAACGCGGUAAGGGCGGCGCAGCUUAAGGGGGAGGAGGCGUCGAGGCAGGCGAAGGAGGAGGGGGUGAUUGGGAUUGGCAACAGGGAGGAGAAGGUGACGGAGAUGAGCAAGCAGGGCUUUUUGGAUCUGAUUGCGGGUGGUGGGAAGAAGGUGGAGAGAGUGGCGGAGGAGAACGACGACGAGUCAUGAUUCCCGACUACCACGAGCCGAAUUGCAUUUAUCAGC